AAUAGAGUCCGUUGGAAUAAACUGAUAUAAAACCUAAUUUCAUCACUUCUCUUGCAGAAGCUUCGACAGCGGCGGCACCACAUCCCCGGAGGCUACAAUGGGUAUCGAUUUGAUCGCUGGAGGUAAGAGCAAGAAGACCAAAAGGACAGCUCCUAAGUCUGACGAUGUCUACCUCAAGCUCACUGUCAAGCUUUACCGGUUUCUGGUGAGGAGAACUCAGAGCAAGUUCAAUGCAGUGAUCUUGAAGAGGCUUUUCAUGAGCAAAGUCAACAAAGCUCCUCUUUCUCUAUCUAGACUCGUCGAGUUCAUGGCUGGCAAGGAAGAUAAGAUUGCUGUCUUGGUUGGAACCAUCACCGAUGAUUUGAGAGUACAUGAGAUCCCAGCUAUCAAAGUGACUGCCUUGAGGUUCACAGAGAGAGCCAGAGCUCGCAUUGAGAAAGCUGGUGGUGAAUGUUUAACUUUUGACCAGCUUGCUCUCAGAGCUCCUUUGGGACAGAACACUGUUCUUCUUAGAGGACCUAAGAACUCGCGUGAGGCUGUUAAGCAUUUUGGUCCCGCACCUGGUGUGCCACACAGUCACUCGAAGCCAUAUGUUCGGUCCAAGGGAAGGAAGUUCGAGAAGGCCAGAGGAAAGAGGAAGAGCCGUGGUUUCAAGGUUUAAGAACAUUGUCUGUGUCGUUGAACUUGAUCCUAUUGUGUUGUUGCUUCUUCGUCUCUUUCAUAAUCGGAUUUUUGUUAGACAAUUGUGUUUUUUUCAGACAAUAUCUAAAGUUUGUGACUACUGUUGAGCUUA